AACACCAUGUCGGUCUUGAGCAGGCGUGGAGCAUCCUCGCUCCGGAAUCUGGCACGACCAUGCUCCGUCUGUUUCGUGCGGCCAUUCUCCGUCUUGAACCGCCCGCAGCCAAAAUAUCCCGGUCAUGUCCCAUUGACAACCAUUGAACGCGGUGCUCUCGCCUUGGGAUCGGCGAUUGGAUCGUUGAUCAAUCCUCGCAGAGCCGACCUCAUCGCAGCCCUCGGCGAAGCAACCGCAACCCCAUUCUUCAUCUACCGACUCCGCGACGCAAUGCUCUCCGACCCUACAGGCCGGCGUAUCCUCCGCGACCGACCACGCAUAACCUCCGAUACCCUCCAAAUGUCCCAUCUCCGCACACUUCCCGAGAACUCCGUCGGCCGCACAUACGCCAAAUGGCUCGACCGCGAAGGAGUCUCCCCGGACACGCGCGACUCAGUCCAGUAUAUCGACGACGAAGAGUGCGCCUACGUCAUGCAACGGUACCGCGAGUGCCACGAUUUCUACCACGCCGUGACGGGACUGCCGAUUUUCGUGGAGGGUGAACUGGCGCUUAAGGCGCUUGAGUUCCUUAACACGCUGCUGCCCAUGACGGGAUUGAGUCUGUUUGCAUUUGUACGGAUGAAGCCGGCGGAGAAGGAGCGGUUUUUGUCGCUUCAUUUGCCGUGGGCGGUGCGGAGUGGGCUUAGGAGUAAGGAGUUGAUUAAUGUUUACUGGGAGGAGGUGCUGGAGAAGGAUGUGGAUGAGUUAAGGGCCGAGUUGAAUAUCGAACAACCGCCUGAUCUGAGGGAGAUUCGGAAGAUGAUUCGGAGGCAGCAGAAGGAGGAGAAGGAGAGGCAGCAGCAGAUGUCGGCUUGA